AUGACGUACAGCACAUUCGCUUAAUACAGAUUCGAGAAGCAAGUUGCAGGCGUUAGUAUGUGAUAAUGAAUUCACAAUCCAGUUAGAUAAAAUAUACCACCCACAACUCUACGAUGACAGACAGCGAUUCGGGGGCACUCUCUCAAGAGGAGAUUGCCCACCAGUUUGUUCUUCCUGAACGACAGGCCAAGGUCAACCAGCUGCUACGAGGGAUGGAAGAACCAAAAGAGGGAGGAAAAGAAUUUCAAGCACCGGCACCUAGAUCCCCAUCAGCUGUGCCCCGAUCUCCCUCUUCCUCUGGUGCGGCUACUAAAGUGCCCUCUAGUGGAGGGUUUGUGCGAUCAACUGUGAUGGGCAGGGGCGAUGAGGAGCGUUACUGUAUCUGUAGAUCAACAGAUUGCAGCUCUUUUAUGAUUGGCUGCGAUGCAUGCAAUGAAUGGUACCAUGGCAAGUGUAUAGAUGUCACUCAAGAUGACGCCAAAUCCAUCAAGCAUUAUUUCUGCAAAAACUGUAGAGAACAGGACCCGAGUCUUGUAGUGGUGUAUAAAACAAAGAAACCCAAGGAGAAACUACACAGGAGUGACUCCAGUGAUACAGAGAGGCAUUUCAAGAAGAAAGAUAAGGACAGACAGUCAGCAGCGAGUAAAGCAAAGAAAUCCACGCGGCGAUGCGGCGAGUGUGUGGCGUGUCACAGGACGGAGGACUGCGCCAGAUGCGACUUCUGCAAGGACAUGAAAAAAUUUGGAGGUCCAAACAGAAUUAGACAGAAGUGCCGCCUCAGACAGUGCAUCAAUUUUGGUAUCAACAUAGCCAGUAAUACGAAAUGGAAGAAAGACCAUGGAAUCUCAGACACAGACACUGACUAUGUGUUCAGUGACAGUAGCACCAGGGAUCUUGAAGGAAAUGAAAAUUUUAUUCGGUCAGAUCAUCCUAGGUCAAGAGAGCGCCACUCCAGUCUCUCUGACUACACUCCACCGAGGAAGAGGCAAAAGGAAGAUAGCAGGAGUAAAACUGACAAGAAAAAGACAGAGAAAAGGAAACCAAAGCCCAAACAAACCAAGACAGUGCGCAGACGUGGCCAAAAGGAAUACGAUGUGGACAUAUACCAGGAGACGGACGGCGACACUCCUCGUCAAUGCUACGGACCAGGAUGUAUAGAAGCUGCACGCUUUGGGUCCAAGUACUGUUCUGAUGAGUGUGGAAUGAAACUAGCUGCCAAUCGCAUUUAUGAAAUCCUUCCCCAGCGCAUUCAGCAGUGGCAGUCCACCCCGUGUGUGGCGGAGGAAAAUAACAAGAAGAUGCUGGAGAAGAUCCGCCAGCAGCAGCUGGAGGCCAGAAUGAGGCUAGGUGACCUUGAUCUGAAGCACAAAGAGCUUGACAUGAUAGUAGAAAAAGCUAAAACUGCUACUGUGGAUUUUGGUCAAGAGAACACAGAAGGAGAGGAUGAAUCUGAACUGACUGUUUUUUGUGUCACAUGUGGUCAUGAAUUCAAUACACGAGGUGCUUUGAAACACAUGGAGAAGUGUUUUGCCAAGUAUGAGAGCCAGACAUCAUUUGGGUCAAUCUACAAGACCAGGAUAGAAGGGAACUCCAUGUUUUGUGACUACUACAAUUCUCAACAGAAGACAUACUGCAAACGAUUAAAAGUGUUGUGUCCAGAGCAUUCCAAAGAACCAAAGGUUGGUCCAGAUGAAGUGUGUGGAUGUCCGUUAGUCUCAGAUGUCUUUGAAGAAACGGGAGAAAUCUGUCGCCUGCCAAAACGUAAAUGCAACAAGCAUCACAGCUGGGAGAAACUCCGCCGCUCUGAGAUUGAUAUGGAAAGAGUGCGACAGUGGCUGAAAUUGGAUGAGCUAUUUGAGCAGGAGAGGAACAUUCGUAUGGCCAUGGCAAACCGCGCGGGCGUCCUGGGGCUAGUUCUACACCAGAGUAUCGACCACGACCCCAUGAACCCCAUCAAUCCAGUGAAGGGAUGACAGCUGGAAUGUCAUUGGACGAAAUGGGACUGAUAGGGACAGAGAUUCUAGGACUGAUACAGUCCUAAAAUCUAGAAAGGGAUGGGGCUUAAAUUUCCAGACUAGAAACUUUGAACCUGAAACUUAAAUCUAAGAAUGAGAAUUAAAGAAUUUCUGGAAAGGGUUUCAGAUCAUUUUGUAUGGUUGAAUGGGAAGAAAUAUGAAACUGAAGCUGUAGAACAAACAUGACAAAAUGUAAUCAGCAAUAAUCAUACAAGGACCUCGUUUUUAUUUACAAAAUGCUAGAAGGGAAAACUGAAGAGGUUUUAAAUACAGUUACCAGAUACCAGGCAUGAAGUUUUUUUUUUAAUUUUAUUUUUUUCAACGAAGGAUUUUUAGCAGAAACAGAUGUCCAAAAAGACAUUCCUUAUCCUAAGUUUUCUGAAACCCACCAAUCCCAGUUGUACCUGUUGGUUUAUUGUUUAUAAACUUGUGUGAGCAGA